AUCGUCAAGUAGAAAAAGUUAUCACAAAUCUUCUACAAUGCACGGACCACUGGUACAAUUCAUCAAAGCGAUAGAUCGCAUACCGACCCGGUUCAAUGUAUCUAUUAUGCUGUUUAUGGCAUGCCUGAUCAGCUAUAUGUUGCGAGUCAACAUGUCCGUCAAUAUAUUGGCCAUGGUGCAGCCGAUUCAAAGCAGCAUCAAACAAUCCGCAACCGGCUCCCAUAACAACGUCUCUGGCGAAGCGAUUAAUCAGACAAUCGUAGGACAUUCAAAGAUCCCCGAUUAUGGUCCACGGUAUAACUGGAGCUCGCACGACCAAAGCAUCAUCUUGGGCGCCUAUUUCUACGGUUAUCUGAUAUCUUCGUUGCCGGCCGGUAUUUUUGCGGAGCGUUUCGGUGGACGUAACAUGGUUGGACUGUCGUUGGCAUUUAGCGCACUCCUCACCGCGUUGACACCGUUGGCCGCCGACAAUGGCAUGUGGGCCACAAUCGCCAACCGCGUGGCGCUUGGAAUUUUAGGUGGGUUUCUGUAUCCAGCAUUGCACAACCUCAUCUCCAAAUGGGCACCACCGGACGAGAAGGGAAAAUUCGUGUCUGCUCUGAUGGGUGGAACAUUUGGCACGGUGAUCACUUGGCCCCUAGUCGGAGUACUGAUCGAAACCCUCGGCUGGUCCUUCGCAUUCUACAUCCCUGCUGCCAUCGCUGCCAUCGCAGCAGUACUGUGGUACAUUAUCGUGGCCGAUAGCCCUGCCACGCAUCCUCGCAUCAAGGCUGAAGAAAAGGACUACAUCGAGAAGUCACUAGGCGAUACCAUUUCCAAAUCGAAGCUAAUGCCUCCGAUUGCUUCGCUUGCCACAUCGUUACCAUUCCUGGCGCUGCUCGUUUUGCAUUUUGGAAAUCUUUGGGGCCUGUACUUUUUGAUAACUGCUGCACCUAAAUUUAUGAGCGAAGUGCUCGGAUUUAAGCUGGCCAAAGCUGGAUUCUUAUCUGCCCUGCCGUAUCUAGCUAGAUCGUUGGCAGCCUUUUUGUUCGGAACGAUAGGUGAUUUGCUACGAAAGAAAUCGAUUAUGGGCGUGACGGCAAUACGCAAGUCCUUCUGCUUAUUUUCUCACAUAAUACCCGGCCUGUUUCUCGUUGGGCUGAUCUACAUCGGCUUUGAUCCGUACGUCUGUGUCGCCAUCAUUACGCUUUCGCUCGGUUUCAACGGUGCAUCCACGAUGACCAAUCUACAAAACUCUCAGGACCUGGCGCCAAACUUUGCCGGUACGCUAUAUGGCAUCAUUAACUUCGUCGGUACGUCCAGUGGCUUCAUCUCUCCGAUCCUGGUGGCUCACUUUACCGCCCAACAGAGCACCAUGGACGAGUGGCAGUAUGUCUUCAUGAUUGGCGCCGCCGCAUACAUCGUGCCAGCGCUCAUAUUCGUUGUGUUCGGAUCAGGCCAGGUACAGCAGUGGAACGAACCGAAGCAAACACCAGCGACACCAGCUCACGAGCACACCUAA